UCAACAUGACACAAAUAUGUUUUUCACCUUUUGGAGUCUAAUAUUUGAAUUAGCAUAUAUUCCAAUUCGAAAAUCAACAAAAAAUAGACCUUAUUACCUUGGUGUCGGAAGCCUAUAUAAGAGUCGAAAUAUCAGUUACUUGUCAAUCAGUCAGUAUACAAAGAAAACAAAACAACUUGCCUAUCGUCUAGCUAAAGUUUGAAGUUCAGAUCUUUUGCUGAAAAAAAAAUGGAACUUUCAAAAUAUUUCGUAUUGAUUGCUGUGUCAAUUUUUCUAUUUUUCAUUAAAAACUCGACUGCAUCUCCACUUAUUGAGGCUAUCGAUCCAAGAUAUCAAGCAGAUCUCGAUGAUUUUGAUAAAAAAGCUUCCAUAGGUGGAGCUAGUAAUAUCGUUAUUCAACUUGGUCAAGCUGCAAUAAAAAAAAUUGAAGACAUUGCAGCAUUUUAUAAGGCUGCUGGAGCACAUCCUGAAGCAGUCGAUGUGCUGUUAGACGGACUCAUUCUAACCAUUAAACUUAUUGCCGAAAGUGGUGAUGAUGCAUUUGACUUGAUUGACAAAUAUAAUGGUAACGACAAGCACUUUAAUGACCCCGAAGAAGCCAUAAGUGACAUCAAUAGCGGAUUACGUAAAAUCAAAGAUGAAAUUUUCCAUGCUGGCGUACCAGUUUUGCAUGCAAUGGGAGCGGCUGGAGUAAUUGCUCCAGGCGUAUCAAAACCAAAAAUCAAAAAAUCUUUAGAUCCUCUUCAAGAUUCUGGAACUGCAAUAUUCGAUGGCAUUGAUGCUGCUGAAUCUUUAGCAACUCAUGGGUUAAAGUCAAAUAAACGGUCACGUAGCCAAUCGAUAAAAGCUGCUCAUAAUGCUAUAUUAGCAGGUUGUAAUGCUUUAAAUCAAGACUUUGUUAGAGCUACAAAAAGGGUUAUGGCUUAUCUUGCCGAUGUUGCCAAUGGGAAAGUUCAAGAAGUUGAUGCUACAGGUGAUGCGAUAAGUGCCCGAGCUAAAGCUGUUGUGAGAGAUGCUGAGACCUUAGCUGUCAUAGAAGAUAUCGACUUGAACAUUCUUAAAGCCUUGAUGGAAGGUGUUUCUGGAAAAAUUCUAAGUGCAAUAAGAGAAGGUAUUCUAGGUGAUAUUGAAAGUUCUGCUAUGGGAAUCGGUUCCGCAUUAAAGGGCAUUAAAGAUGCUAGCGAUUUGAUUCAUACCGAUCCUAAAAAAGCAAUAAGUAUUGCUAAUGAAGGUUUUGAUGCAGCUAGACAAGGUUGUAUUGAUGGCAGUGUGCAAGGGUAUCAAGCAUUUGGUGCUGCUGGUCAUUUACUUGGUCAGAAGAAAGUUUUCUCACAAGCUAUUGAAGAUAUAGAAAAUAGUCGUAUCGAUGGAACUGGUGGAAUUGAAGCGACUAGAAAAUUGACCAAUAUGGCUUUGAUUGCGGGUGGUGAUGCACUUGAAUCAGGUUUAGCUGCCGCAGUUGAUGCAUUAGAAGCUGUAGAAAUUGAAUUGUACACAAGGAUAGCCAAUGCUGAAAAGGUUGCUUUGGAGAUUUUGAAAGCUGUUACAAAGCAUCCCGGUUUGAUUUAAUAAAUGUUUUGUGAGGUGUUGUCUGUAUUUAAUAUUCCAAAUGGGUUGUAGUCAUGGAGGUUUUUGGACAACAACAUUGGAU